UAUAAAUUGAACUGAACCACGAAUGUUUAUUCACAUAGUUAACCAGGAAGACCGAACGAUGAUCUACCAAUUGGCUUUGAUGGCAUUGGCCCUGGUUAUGGGCAGCAAUGGAGUGACAGGUGUUAAUAUCUGCUCGGGCGUAGCAGAUAAUCUAUUUUUACCCCAAGUUAACAAUUGCUCUGCCUAUAAUCUAUGCAUUGGUGAAACGGCCAUUCAACGAGUAUGUCCUAGCUCAUAUUACUUCGAUGCUGCCGAACAAGAAUGUCUGGUUGCUGAAGAAGUUAAGUGCCUGCCCACAUGCCCAACGACCGGACUUUCAUCCUUUGGCUAUUCUCGCACCUGUAACAAGUAUAUCCUUUGCUAUGGCGGAGCAUCUGUUAUUCGCCAAUGUUCGGAUGGCCUUCAAUAUAAUAAGAACACCGAUCGUUGUGAUUACCCUCAAUAUGUUGAUUGCCUGUCUAAUUUGUGCACCAAAUACGAUGAUCCCGAGGACAUUGUCUAUCUCGCCAGCAAGUCUGCUUGCGAUAAGUAUUUUGUGUGUCUCAAUGGUUUCCCCACAGUUCAGACAUGCUCCAAUGGUCUACAAUAUAAUCCAGAGACAAAGCUUUGUGAUUUCCCCUCGAAUGUCAAUUGUACGGUGGAAACCCUUCAACGUAAUAUUCUGCCCUAUGCCAAGGCUCCGCCACGUAGUGCCGAUAUAACGUGUCCAGCUAAGGGUACCCAUUUCUUUGCCCAUCAGAAGCGUUCGGAUGCCUAUUAUUAUUGCCAGGAUGGUCGUGGUGUCACCUUGGAUUGUACUCCCGGUCUCGUCUAUGACUCCAAGACAGAGGACUGCCGUGAACCUCAGUUUGUUCAUGCCUAAAAAGUGUCUACAA